UUACAAAGUAACUAGUGGCAAAUUGUCAAAAUCCAAAAUAAGGUGUGGCAAAAAGUCAAACAGUUUUGCUAAAGCACAUCUAGAUGUGCCAUAAGUAUUGCACAUCUAAGUCUUAUGUCAUUAGUUUACGUGAAGAUUCGCAUGGGAAUUUUUUUACCUUUUUUUUUCUUUUUCUUUUUAUACUUGAUUGUGUCACUUAGAUGUACAAUAACUAUGGCACAUGUGCCUAGAACAGACCCAAAAUCAAAUACACCAAAAUCCCCAACGCUUGUGCCGAAAAUCCCCAACCAACCUAAUCUCGCGGAAUUCCCCGAUUAAACUGUUUCGCAACCUCGCCUAUCCCCCUCCCCCGAUCUCGAUCGAGCCCUCGCCUCCCAUCGUCGGCGAUGACGAUCGAUCCGUACGAUCAGUUGUUCGCCGCCGACGAGGGCCUCGACCGCUCCCGCGUCCCAGAUCCGUUGGAGGAGCUCUUCGCGGAGGACGAGCCCCUCGCCCGGCUGUACAUCGACGACUGCUUCCAGCCCACCGGGGACAGCAGUCCGUCCCCACCUACGUCUCCUCGUGCGCCUCCGCCUCCGCCUGCGGACGCGCCGGCUCCUGUCGGGUUCGUCAACGACGACGUCGGGCGCAUCGCCUGCCCGCGCGCAUCACGGGGCACCGAUGCGGGCAGGCGGUGGUUCCCGAUCUCGCAGGCUCCCGCCGGCUCCCCUCGCCGCAUGUCAAGGCCGGCCUCGGUGUUCACCGACUCGGAUCCAACACGGGGGCGUAACGAGCUGGCCCCACCCAGCCCGCCCCGAGACGCCCUGCCGCUCCACCUCGCUUCUCUCCUUCCUCCGGGCUGGGGUCGCCCGGGCUGCGGCAGGUGCACAACUACAGCGCCAACUGAAGUACAGCCUGGGUGCCUAGUUCGCGACGAGGGUCCCUUACAGCACGAGGACUGGAGUAUCACCAAAGAACUAGCCAUGAAGAGCGGUGCGUGGAAGCCUGCUAUCCAUGUGCCAGCAGAACCAUGAGUUGGUCUUAUGUGUUUCACCUCUAGCCUACCCCAACCCUGUGUGGGACUAAAGGCUUUAUUGUUGUUGUUUUAUUUCUUUUGGUACAUUGUCAGGCCAGGCACAUUUCAUAAAGAAAAGGUUUUACAUGAGAACUUGAGAAGAAAGAGUUGAUGAAGUAAAUUAUAUCCGAACAGUAUAACGAUGUUGUGGUUGGAAUUUACAAAAUGUCAUUUGACACU